GUUUUUUGGGGUGGGAAAUGGUGGCGCAAAAAAUUAUUGAAAAAAAAAAAAAGAGAGAGAAAAAAGAAUAUGCCAUUGCCGUAAUGCUUUGUUCCUCUCACACAUCCUCAGAUGCUAAUGUUCCUCUUCAUCUGAGAGAACCUUAAAACUCUCUCUCUCUCAGAGUUUUUUUUUCUGAAGCAUUCUGGUUCUUGGCGUUCGAUUGAUUGGGCGCUUCGAAGGUCGGUUUCUGAUUCUGGUUUUCGGAAUUGGUUGUGGUGCUGGUUGUGUUGCAUCUGUUGGUUUAUCUGCAAAAACCUGAAUCUGGGCAAGGAGAUUGGAUGAAUGUUAGGUUACGAGUGGAAGGUUAUUGAUGGGAUCUAAUAAGCAGUCUGUUGGUUUUCUGGAUUCCCUCAGAAUGGAGAGGGUUAGAACGAUUUUAACUCAUACAUAUCCUUACCCCCAUGAGCACUCGCGUCAUGCUAUAAUUGCAGUUGUUGUGGGUUGUCUAUUUUUCAUCUCGUCGGACAACAUUCAAACCCUUGUAGAAAAGUUGGACAAUAACAUUAAAUGGUGGUCCAUGUAUGCCUGUCUUCUUGGUUUCUUCUAUUUUUUUUCAUCCCCAUUUAUAGGGAAGACUAUCAAGCCGAGUUAUUCAAAUUUUAGUCGAUGGUAUAUUGCUUGGAUUUUAAUAGCAGCCCUAUACCAUCUUCCUAGUUUUCAGUCAAUGGGGGUGGACAUGAGAAUGAAUCUGUCUUUGUUUCUGACUAUAUACGUCUCUUCUAUUAUAUUUCUCCUUGUCUUCCACAUCAUAUUUCUUGGGCUUUGGUACAUUGGUCUUGUUUCACGUGUUGCUGGAAGGAGGCCAGAGAUCUUGACUAUUUUUCAAAACUGUGCUGUCCUUAGUAUAGCGUGCUGUGUAUUUUAUAGUCAUUGUGGCAACCGUGCUAUUUUGAGAGAGAGACCACUUGACCGCAGAAAUUCUCAUUGGUUUUCUUUCUGGAAGAAAGAAGAGAGGAACACUUGGCUUGCAAAAUUUAUCCGCAUGAGUGAAUUGAAAGACCAGGUCUGCUCUUCUUGGUUUGCUCCAGUUGGGUCUGCAAGUGAUUAUCCGCUUUUGUCCAAGUGGGUUAUUUACGGCGAGUUAGCGUGCAAUGGCUCAUGUACGGGUUCAUCAGAUGAAAUCUCUCCUAUAUACUCAUUGUGGGCAACAUUUAUUGGCCUUUACAUUGCAAAUUAUGUAGUGGAAAGGUCAACAGGGUGGGCUCUUACUCACCCUUUGUCAGUUCAAGAAUAUGAGAAGUUGAAGAAGAAGCAAAUGAAGCCAGAUUUUUUGGAUAUGGUUCCUUGGUAUUCAGGAACAUCAGCUGAUUUGUUCAAGACGGUGUUUGACCUCCUUGUGUCAGUGACUGUCUUUGUUGGCCGUUUUGACAUGAGAAUGAUGCAAGCAGCAAUGAGCAAGGUUCAUGGUGGAGCUGAACAAGGGGAUCUUCUAUACAGUCAAUUUAAUGAGAAGGACGAUCUAUGGUUUGACUUCAUGGCCGAUACUGGUGAUGGUGGGAACUCAUCCUAUACAGUAGCCCGACUGCUUGCUCAGCCUUCCAUUAAUCUCAACAGAGGUGAUUCUAUGCUUAAUCUACCACGUGGAGACUUACUUCUUAUUGGAGGGGAUCUUGCGUAUCCUAAUCCAUCAGCAUUCACAUAUGAAAGGCGUCUCUUUUGUCCUUUUGAGUAUGCUCUCCAACCACCUUCAUGGUAUAAAGAAGAACACAUAGCUGUAAAUAAGCCCGAGGUGCCUUCAGGCGUGUCUGAACUGAAGCAAUAUAAUGGGCCUCAGUGUUUUGUUAUCCCUGGAAACCAUGAUUGGUUUGAUGGACUUCAUACGUUUAUGAGGUAUAUUUGUCAUAAAAGCUGGUUGGGUGGGUGGUUUAUGCCUCAGAAGAAGAGUUACUUCGCUUUGCAGCUUCCAAAAAGAUGGUGGGUGUUUGGUCUUGAUUUGGCCCUCCAUGGUGAUAUUGAUGUGUACCAAUUCAAGUUCUUUUCAGAGCUAGUAAAAGAAAAGGUUGGAGAUGAUGACUGUGUGAUCAUUAUGACACAUGAACCCAAUUGGCUUCUUGAUUGGUACUGGAAUGAUGUUUCUGGAAAGAAUGUCUCGCACCUGAUUUGUGAUUAUUUGAAAGGAAGGUGUAAACUCCGAAUUGCCGGGGACUUGCAUCAUUAUAUGCGCCAUUCAUUCGUUAAAUCUGAUGGGCCAGUCCAUGUGCAACAUUUACUUGUAAAUGGUUGUGGUGGGGCUUUUUUACAUCCCACUCAUGUCUUUGGUAAUUUUAACAAGUUAUAUGGAACAUCCUUUGACUGCAAGGCUGCUUAUCCUUCUUUCGAAGACUCAAGCAGGAUUGCACUAGGCAAUAUUUUGAAGUUUCGAAAGAAGAACUGGCAAUUUGAUUUUAUUGGUGGCAUCAUAUACUUUGUCCUGACCUUUUCUAUGUUUCCACAGUGUAAGCUUGGCCAUAUCUUGCGGGAUGAUUCAUUUUCUGGUCGGUUGGGGAGUUUCUUUGGCACGGUGUGGAAUAGUUUUAUAUGCAUGCUGGAACACUCUUAUGUAUCUCUAGCAGGUGCUCUGAUAUUGCUAAUUGCGGCAAUUGCAUUUGUUCCCUCCAAAGUCUCACGAAAGAAAAGGGCCAUAAUUGGUGUCAUUCAUGUCUCUGCUCACCUGGCCGCAGCUCUAGUUCUUAUGUUGCUGUUGGAACUGGGCGUUGAGACAUGUAUCAGGCACAAACUACUAGCAACUUCAGGCUAUCACACUUUGUACCAGUGGUACCGAUCUGUGGAGAGUGAGCACUUUCCAGAUCCAACCGGCCUCCGAGCUCGCAUAGAACAGUGGACUUUUGGUCUUUAUCCAGCAUGUAUCAAGUAUCUUAUGUCUGCAUUUGAUGUUCCUGAGGUAAUGGCUGUCACAAGGAGCAACAUUUGUAAGGCAGGGAUGGAAUCACUCUCUAGAGGGGGCGCCGCGAUAUACUAUGCCUCUGUCUUUCUGUAUUUCUGGGUCUUUUCUACCCCAGUGGUGUCCUUGGUAUUUGGAAGCUACUUGUACAUCUGCAUUAACUGGCUUCACAUACACUUUGAUGAAGCCUUCUCCUCACUCCGAAUUGCAAAUUACAAGGCGUUCACUCGAUUCCAUAUAACUACAGAUGGCGAUCUUGAGGUCUUUACCCUCGCAGUUGAUAAGGUUCCGAAGGAAUGGAAGCUGGACCCCGACUGGGAUGGAGAGCCAAAACAGCCGCAGCAGCUGAACCACAACAGAAAGUAUCCCAGUAAAUGGAGUGCAGCUUCUCCUCAGCAGGAUCCUAUACACACUGUUAAGAUUGUUGACCAUUUUGUCAUUAAACAAACAGAUGAAUUUGACACUGGAGCAAGUAAUGGUCCAGUUAGCUCGCUGACCUAGCUUGCUUCUCAAAUUUGUAGCAUUAGUUUAGCUUUCUUGAUUUAGAUAGCAAUGAAAAAGGGGAAUUGAAAAAAAAAAAGAGUAUCAAUCAGUACGAUUCUACAGUUCUUAGCUAUUUGUCUGCAGGUUUGAGUGCAAAUGACCCAUCGGGUGGUCCCAUGUGGACCCAGGUGUUCAUUUUGAUUGAUUAAUCAGUGAUCUAAUUUAAGUUCCAUCUUAGUAAUCAAUGAGGAGAUUCGGUUUAAAUGAGA